GCGGUUGAGCGCGGAGCUUUUUGGUGCCGGGCUAGGGGUAGAGAGGUGGGUGGAGACAGGGCUCUCCCGGUUGUUUGGUUGUUUUCGGGGGAACGUUUAAAGUUUUCUAACGGGAGCCGAGAGAGGACGAGGGGCGGCUGGUGCGGCGCGUUCACGAGGAGAGAGCGCGUGCGCGCGUGCUCCCCCUUUCCUCUCACCUCCCACCGCCUCAUCGCUCCUGCCAGUCAGUCAGUCAGUCAUGCCACCCAAAGCCCCUCGGAAACCGGCUGUUCCGACCCCGGAGCCGCCGCCGCCGCCGCCUUCCCCUCCCCCUCGCGAGGAGGAACCGGAGCCGGACAGCGGCCCAGAGGACCUGCCGCUCGUCAGGCUUGAAUUUGAAGAAGCAGAAGAUCCUGAUUUUACUACAUUAUGUCAGAAAUUAAAGAUACCAAAUCGUGUCAGAAAAAAGGCUUGGGAGAAUUGGGAAAAAGUUUCGUCUAUGGACGGAGUUUUGGAAUGUUACAUUCAAAAGAAAAAGGAAUUAUGGGGAAUCUGUAUAUUCACCGCAGCUAUAGACUUGGAUGAGAUGCCAUUCACCUUUACUGAGCUUCAGAAAAACAUAGAUAUAAGUGUAUACAAAUUUUAUCAUUUGCUAAGAGAAAUUGAUACCAGUACUAAAGUUGACUGUACCGUAUCCAGAUUAAUGAAGAAAUAUGACGUUUUAUUUGCACUCUACCACAAACUGGAAAGAACAUGUGGACUUAUAUAUAUGGCUCAACCUAGUAGUCCGAUAUCUUCUGAAAUAAAUUCUAUGUUGGUGCUAAAAGUUUCUUGGAUCUUGUUUUUGUUGGCUAAAGGGGAAGUAUUGCAGAUGGAAGAUGAUCUAGUGAUUUCAUUCCAGUUAAUGUUGUGUGUCCUUGACUAUUUUAUCAAACUCUCACCUCCUGCAGUGCUCAAGGAGCCAUAUAAAACCGCAGUGAGUACAUUAUCUAUUAAUGGUUCACCCAGAACACCAAGGAGAGGUCAAAACAGGAGUGCACGGACAGCAAGACAACCAGAGACUGACACGAGAGUCAUUGAAGUUCUUUGUAAAGAGCAUGAAUGUAAUAUAGAUGAGGUAAAAAAUGUAUAUUUCAAAAACUUUCUACCCUUCCUGAAGUCUCUUGGUAUUGCAGCUUCCAAUGGACUACCAGAGGUUGAAAAUCUCUCUAAACAAUAUGAAGAAAUUUACCUUAAAAACAAAGAUAUGGAUGCAAGACUCUUUCUAGAUCAUGAUAAAACUCUUCAAGUUGAUUCCAUUGAUAGUUUUGAAAUGGAGAGUACACCAAGAAAAAAUCAUCCUGAUGAAGAGAUGCCUCUAAUUCCUCCACAGACUCCUGUUAGGGCUGUCAUGAAUACUAUCCAACAGUUGGUGAUGAUACUAAAUUCAGCAAGUGAUCAACCAUCAGAAAAUCUUAUUUCUUAUUUCAAUAAUUGCACUGUCAAUCCUAAGGAAAGUAUCCUGAAAAGAGUUGAGAAUAUUGGACGCAUCUUUAAAGAGAAAUUUGCUGAGGCUGUUGGACAGGGAUGUGCAGAAAUUGGAUCACAGCGAUACAAACUUGGAGUGCGAUUGUACUACAGAGUUAUGGAAUCUAUGCUUAAAUCAGAAGAAGAACGUUUAUCUAUUCAGAACUUCAGCAAACUUCUGAAUGAUAACAUCUUCCACACAUCUUUAUUGGCUUGUGCUGUUGAGGUUGUAAUGGCCACAUAUGCUAGGAGUACAUACCAGAGUCAUGAUUCCGGAACAGAUUUAUCUUUUCCAUGGAUUCUGAAUGUACUCGAUUUAAAAGCAUUCGACUUUUACAAAGUGAUUGAAAGCUUUAUCAAGGCAGAAGCUAGUUUGACAAGGGAAAUGAUAAAACAUUUAGAACGUUGUGAACAUCGGAUCAUGGAAUCACUAGCAUGGCAAUCAGAUUCACCUUUAUUUGAUCUCAUUAAACAAUCGAAGGAACGAGAAGGACCAGUUGAUCACCUCCUUGAACCCACUUCUACUCUUAAUUUGCCUCUCCAACAUAAUCACACUGCUGCAGAUCUGUAUCUUUCUCCUGUAAGAUCUCCCAAGAAAAAAGGAUCAACAGCUCGAAUAAAUUCCACUUCAAAUGCAGAACCACAGACAACAUCAGCCUCUCAAACUCAGAAGCCACCAAAAUCUACCUCCCUUUCACUCUUUUACAAAAAAGUGUAUCGGUUGGCAUAUCUCCGGUUGAAUACUCUGUGUUCACGACUUCUGUCAGAUCACCCAGAACUUGAGCACAUCAUUUGGACCCUUUUCCAACACACACUACAAAAUGAGUAUGAACUCAUGAGGGACAGGCAUUUGGACCAGAUUAUGAUGUGUUCCAUGUAUGGCAUAUGCAAAGUGAAGAAUAUAGAUCUUAAAUUCAAAAUCAUUGUUACUGCAUACAAGGACCUUACCCAUGCCAUUCAAGAGACUUUCAAACGUGUUUUGAUCAGAGAAGGGCAAUAUGAUUCCAUCAUAGUCUUCUACAAUUUAGUCUUCAUGCAGAAACUAAAAACAAAUAUUCUACAAUAUGCUUCCACCAGGCCCCCAACCUUAUCACCAAUACCUCACAUUCCUCGGAGUCCUUAUAAGUUUUCUAGUUCUCCUUUACGUGUUCCUGGAGGGAAUAUUUAUAUAUCACCCUUGAAGAGUCCAUACAAAUUUUCAGAAGGCCUGCCAACUCCCACAAAAAUGACUCCAAGAUCAAGAAUCUUGGUUUCAAUUGGUGAAUCAUUUGGUACUUCUGAGAAGUUUCAGAAAAUAAACCAGAUGGUGUGUAGCAGUGACCGUUUGCUCAAGAGAAGUGCUGAAGGAAGCAACCCUCCUAAACCACUUAAAAAACUACGCUUUGAUAUUGAAGGACCAGAUGAAGCGGAUGGAAGCAAACAUCUCCCUGGGGAAUCCAAAUUUCAACAGAAACUUGCAGAAAUGACAUCUACUCGUACAAGAAUGCAAAAGCAGAAAAUGAACGAUAGCAUGGAUACCUCAAGCAAGGAGGAAAAAUGAAAAUCUUCUCAGGACCUUGCCCAGCACUUGUCUUUGUUCAUUGCCUUUCCUUUACUGAACAGCAUACUUUGUCUGGUUUCUGUUUACUACCAUAUGUAGUAUAAAUAUAGCUUUCAGCUUGGGAGGCAGGGAUCUUUUAGGGGCAUGCAUUUUGUGUGAGACCCCUGAGUUACUUACAGUGUUGUCAUAGUAUGUACAGUGCUUUUGUACAAGAUGUAGUGUCUUAUGCCACUUUAAAGUUGUGGCAGAUUGUUUUCAGUUUCUAAAGUAUAAAGAAAAUGUGCUUUUCAGAUUGGACAUGAAGACAAUGCAGACACACCCAUCAUUAUCCCUCUGAAUACUAUGCCUUAUGAUGUAGCAUGUGUACGAUAUAUGCCACUUUUAUUAAUUUAUGUAUUUUUUUAAUUUAAUGUGAGCACACUUGAGAAGAUUUUCCUACCUUCCAAAUACAAGUUGGUCGAUUGCCCAUACAUUUUUGUUAUCCUGAACUCUUCAGCUGAAAUAGAUAUUGGAAAUUGGAGAUAUUACUUGAAAAAAUACUGAUUUUUCUAUACAUUAGAUUUUAUUUUACUCUUGGAAUCUGAUACACUCACCGUUUGUUUAUUUUGCAAAUCUUGUAACAUAAGUACAAGCAGAAAGCAAAAUAUAAACUCCUGAUGCUGCUGUACUACUGAUACAGGUUCCAUACCUCAGUGCCAGGAAACACUUCUUCUUGCUUCUCUCCUCCAUUGUACUUAUGUUUGAAAUCUGGGCAUAUGCCAACACUGUUGGUUUUUAUAUCAGCCAAAUUACUGAAUAUAUAAAGUACCAGUUGGAGUACUUGAAAAGGGCCAUGUGUUGUACUAUGCCCCUAAUAAAAUAUAGCCCAUGUGCACUUUUAAUCUUACUCUGGAUCCUAAAGAAUCAAGACAGAAAUGAAGUGUCCUACAGAUGCUGACGACCCCGUUAGCCACAGGAAACUCUACCUUUGUGUUUCAGAGAGAUCUGACUAAACAAAGGAUCAUAUGGUAACUGUUCGUCCAUCGAGUUUCAAAUAAGGAAGGUUUAAGUAUUCUCUAGAAUGACCGUUAAAUUUGAGCCAUGCUUUAGAUUUUCAUCUUUUAAGACAGCUAUUCAUUUUGUAAACCAGCAUAGCCUAACACUCCCUUGCAUUUUACAAAACACGCUUUCAUCUUAAAAUUACAGCUAAACAAAUCUUCUUGGGGGAUAGCCUUCUUGAGGGUUAGACAUUCAUGUAUGGAGGUGAACUUUAUGCAGCUGCUCCAAUUCAAAGCAUCUACAAUUCAUGGGAAAAAUGCUUUUUGGGGCACCCAAAGGUGUAUUUAAAAUGUGUUGUGUGGGUAACUUAUUUAGAAAGAGAAUUAAAAAUAGGUGAUAUUUAAAGUUAGCUUCAUCUAGCUUUUGACAGAAAUCACUUUUAGUCAGUAUAUUUGUGAGUGUGUGUGUGUGUGUGUGUGUGUGUGUGUGUGUGUACACACACAUACAUAUAUAUACACACAUAGAUAUACCCUUUUUAAAAAAAAUUCACUUACCCUGAUUUGGAGCUUUUUGUUAGGAAAUGAAAUUUUAUUUCAUCAUCAGUUAAAUUUUAAACUUUUGUGUUAUAUUUGACCAUUUUCCUGAUAUAUUUACAAAAGCAUUAUUAUAUACACAAUUCCCUCAUUUUCACAUGAAUUUCAUGAAGGCCAUUUUACCUUGUAGGUCAAAGAAUUACAUAUACUUUUGCUAUAUUUACAUUAGGAUUAAUGCUAAGGAUUUAGGAACUUAAAAGGUGUACAUUGUAAAAUUCCUAAAUGGGCCAGCAAGUAUCUCUUAUUGAUGGCUUGAUAAUUUUUUUGUUCAUAUGGGUUAAAGAGUGUACAUUUAAAAGUGUAUGUUGCUAUUUUCUAUAAUUACUAGCUCCUUUAAAAAUAAAAUAGCCAUUGAGACUUCA